AUGAAACGCGAUGAGUCGGUAAGAAGCCUUACCAAAAUACGCCGAACGAGCAUUGGACAGACGUCGUCCAUCGGCGGCUGGCGCCAGAACUCCCUGACCAUCUCCCAACUUGCACACACUUCCUAUCUAACCGAGAAGGGCUUAGAACAAGAAGCUGAGCGAGAAGAGGACAAGCAGUUCGCGGCUCCCGUCUCUUGGUUGCAACUGUAUAGGUACGCGACACCAUGCGAAAUUCUGUGGCUUCUUUUCGCUGUGCUCAACGCGUGCAUCAAUGGCCUGUUUGUCCCCGUGGGGGUCAUAAUAUAUGGCGAGUUCACUGCCCUUCUCAUCGACCGAACCGUCAUGACAGGCACUUCCGUGGAAACCAUUACUAUAUCGUUGUUCGGGGGUGGCAGAAUACUAACAAAUGCAUCGAGAGAAGAGAACAGGAUAGCGCUGAUUGAGGACUCACAGGCUUUUGGAAUAGGAUGUUUAGUGUUCUCUGUUGGACAGUGUAUUGCCGCCGCGAUCAGCGUGGACAUUUUCAAUUACAUGGCUCUGAAACAGAUUGACAGAGUCAAGCAACUUUUCCUCCGAAGUGUUCUUCGCCAGGAUGUCUCCUGGUAUGACCUGAACACUACCAUGAAUUUCGCAACGAAAGUCUCGGAUGAUAUUGAGAAGUACCGCGAGGGUAUUGCGGAGAAGGUACCAAUCUUUAUCUACUUAGUGAUGUCGUUUGUCACGGCCAUCAUCAUCUCCAUCUUUUAUGGUUGGAAACUUACCUUGGUCAUCUUGUCGUGUACACCUAUCAUCAUAGCGACAACGGCUGUGGUUGCUAAGGUUCAAGCAUCACUGACUACAAAAGAAUUGAAAGCUUACAGUAUCGCCGGUGUUAUUGCGGAAGAAGUACUCUCUUCUAUACGCACUGUGGUGGCAUUUGGUGGAGAAAAGAAAGAAAUAGACAGAUACGAAGUUCGUUUGGAUCCAGCAAAGAAAACAGGGACAAAAAAGGGCAUAUUUUCAGGUGUUGGCAGUGGUAUCAUGUGGUUUAUAAUAUACGCUACAUACGCACUGUCUUUCUGGUAUGGCGUUGGACUAAUCCUCGAUAGCAGAAGUGAGGAAAAACCGGUGUAUACUGCAGCCGUACUCAUGAUUAUUUUCUUCAGUGUACUCCAAGGAGCUCAGAAUGUGGGAUUGACAGCUCCUCACAUGGAAGCUAUUGCAACCGCCCGAGCCUCAGCUGCUUCUAUCUUUCACGUGAUAGAUCGAAAACCAGUCAUAGAUAUAUUUUCUACUGAAGGAGAAACGCCUACUCUGGAUGGAGACAUCGAGCUUAAGGAUGUAUAUUUCAGAUAUCCUGCAAGAGCUGAUGUGCAGGUAUUAAAUGGUCUAAGUCUUAAGAUCCCUCAAAAUGAAACGGUGGCGCUAGUGGGUCCAAGUGGAUGCGGUAAAUCCACCGUGCUGCAGUUAAUCCAGAGGUUGUAUGAUCCUGCUUCAGGCAGUGUGCUAGCAUCAGGCAACGAUCUGCGAAACCUUCAUGUACGACAUCUGAGGAAUCACAUCGCAGUCGUUGGACAAGAACCUGUUCUCUUCGCUGGUACCAUCAAAGAAAAUAUCAGAAUGAGUAAUCCAAAAUGUACAGACGAAGAAAUUUACGAUGCGGCGAAACAGGCUCACUGUCACGAAUUUAUUAAAAGAUUACCCGAUGCUUACGACACUAUGAUUGGUGAGAGGGGAGCUCAGCUGUCAGGAGGACAAAAACAACGCAUCGCUAUAGCCAGAGCUUUGGUGAGAAAGCCAAAACUACUGCUAUUAGAUGAGGCUACGUCGGCUCUGGAUUCACAAAGCGAGGCCAAAGUACAGAGAGCUCUGGACUCAGCGGCGGCCGGUCGAACAACCGUCAUGGUGAGCCACAGGUUGUCAACUGUACUGAACGCGAACCGUAUCGUCUUUAUUGAUAAAGGUGUGGUUGUGGAAGAAGGAACACACAAAGAACUCGUUGAAAAGAGGGGGCGCUACUAUCAGCUCGUCAGAGAAAAUGAAGCAAAGACAGAAACUGAGAACACAUCUACUGAUGUGAAACCAGCAUCGCGGAAGAAAUUGGUGAAACUAAAGUCAGUGGAGUCUGCGGCUAGUGCCGACGAUGAGUCUGAAACCAGCAUAGAAGAGGAAAAAGAGGAAGAGGAAUUUCAUCCAACUACGUGGCAGAUCCUGAAACUAUGCGAGCCAGAGAAGUGGCUAAUGGUUGCUGGAGUAUUUGCCGCUAUUUGUGUCGGUGCAUCCUUCCCUCUCUUUGCUGUAUUAUUUGGAGAGACAUACGGGUUACUCGAACAUCCAGAUUCAAACUUGGUUCGGGCUGGCACAAACGUGAUUGCGUUAUUGUUCCUCGGUGUUGGUGUCAUUACCGGAGUUGGAAUAUUCUUUCAAAUAUACAUAUUUAACUUGACUGGAGUUCGGCUUACAGCUCGGCUUAGGGUCGCAGCAUUCAAGGCCAUGCUUGCUCAAGAAAUUGGUUGGUUUGACCACCCUAGAAAUGGAGUAGGCGCUUUGACUGCUCGACUGGCGGCAGAUGCAGCGGCUGUCCAAGGCGCUACUGGAACCCGGAUCGGAGCGCUCAUGCAAGCAUCAGCCACAAUAGUUAUCGGUAUCCUGCUGUCGAUGUUAUUUACGUGGAAAAUGACUCUGAUGUCGUUGAUAUCGGUGCCAUUGAUCAUAGGCGCAGUGGUCCUCGAAGGUAGAGUGCUAUCCGUCGGGCUUGACCUCGUCCGUGAAGUUUCAUACAAAGCUACUACGAUAGCUACGGAAGCCAUUGCAAAUAUCAAGACUGUUUGUGCUUUCUGUGGUGAAGAAGAAGUGUUGCGCCGAUACCAAGAAGCCUUCGUUGGGGGCCGGGUGGCAGCGCGCAAGAGUUUGCGGUUCCGUGGUUCAGUGUUUGCCUUCGGACAGACGGCUCCCGUCGCCGGGUACGCGAUCUCACUCUGGUAUGGAGGUGUCCUCGUCGCUAACCAGGAAAUACCGUAUAAAAAUGUCAUCAAAGUGUCGGAGGCACUGAUUUUCGGCUCGUGGAUGAUGGGCCAGGCGCUGGCAUUCGCGCCGAAUUUUGGUGCUGCGGUAUCAGCGGCGGGCCGCGUCAUGACCCUACUGGCGCGGAAACCCAAGAUCACCAGCACUACCACACCCAACUUGGAAAAGAACUAUGUUGCUCAAGGCAAGAUCGAGUACCAGAGCAUAGAAUUCCGCUACCCGACACGUCGUGAAGUGAAAGUUCUUCAGGGACUAUCUUUAGUAGUGCCAAGUAGCAAGCGAGUGGCAUUGGUUGGUCCCAGCGGUUGCGGCAAGUCUACUCUUAUACAACUUCUGCAACGUCUUUACGAUCCAGAUGAUGGCGCUGUGUUUUUGGAUGAUUGUAGCAUCGAGAGCGACAUGCGGCUGUGCACGUUACGCUCCAACCUCGGUAUCGUAUCGCAAGAGCCGGUGUUAUUCGACCGCAGCAUACGAGAAAACAUUGAAUACGGAGACAACAGUCGGGAAAUAAGCAUCGAAGAAGUUGUGUCUGCGGCCAAAAAGGCAAACGUUCACGGCUUUAUCGCUGCUUUACCUAAUGGCUAUGAGACCAGAAUCGGCGCCAGAGCAUCCCAGUUGUCCGGCGGCCAGAAGCAGCGGAUAGCUAUCGCCCGGGCUCUGGUCAGAAACCCUCGCGUUUUACUCUUAGACGAGGCUACAUCAGCCCUCGACACGCAGAGUGAAAAGAUAGUGCAGGAUGCGUUGGACAAGGCAAGCGAAGGGCGAACAUGUCUGAUCAUAGCUCACCGUCUUUCAACCAUACAGAACGCCGAUGUGAUUGUAGUGAUAAAUAAAGGUAUUGUUGCCGAGAUGGGAACUCACAAGGAACUCAUCGCCCGCAAAGGCAUAUACGCAAAACUCUACCAGUUGCAGUGCGGCUUCGCUGAAGAGGGAGAGGAUGAGGUAGACCCAGGAAAAGAAGAAUAA